CCUCAUGCGCAAGUGCGGCUGGUUCGUGCGAGAGUUGCGCGUUGAGUUCGCCGCCGAAAACUACCUGAGCGGAGGCGGAGGCGGCGGCCCGGGCGACGGAGGUGGCGCGGGCGCGGAGACCGGAGGGGAAGAGGUCGAGGCCCUGCAGCUCUCCUCCCGCUGGCUGGAAGUGCUGCGCACCUACUUGGAGCUGGUGCUGUGCGUGCUGGUCAGCAUCCGGAACAACAGGAACCUCCAGAAAUUUAGCCUUUUUGGAGACAUAAAUGUUCUACAACAGCAAGGAAGUUUGUCAAAUACAUACCUCAACAAGGUGGACCCUGAUGGCAAAAAAAUUAAACAAAUUCAGCAGCUGUUUGAAGAAAUACUGAGUAAUAGUAGACAACUGAAAUGGCUGUCCUGUGGAUUCAUGCUGGAAAUAGUAACCCCAACAUCACUGUCAUCUCUCUCCAACUGCAUUGCCAACACCAUGGAGCACCUGAGUUUACUGGACAACAAUAUUCCUGGUCACAGCACCCUUAUCACUGCAGUUGAGCUGGAGCGAUUUGUGAAUCUGCGCUCACUUGCUCUGGACUUCUGUGACUUCACAGCUGAGAUGGCAAGAGUCUUAACCGAUAGCAACCAUGUGCCUUUGCAGCGACUGUCUCUCCUGGUCCACAAUGUUUCUGUGAUGCACAAGUCUCUGGACAACAUGCCAAACGAUGAGCAUUGGAAAGCACUCUCACGAAAGAGCGCCGGUCUCCGCGUCUACAUAAUGGCGUUUGAUAUCAAAAGUGAAGACAUGUUAAAGAUCCUGAAACCCAGUAUACCACUGGAGAGGAUUCACUUUGACAGCUACAUCACUUGUGUUUCAGGGGCUAUUGUGGAUCUCAUAUCCAGGCAGUAUGACAAGUUCCUCACUCAUUUUAUACUGAUGAAUGAUGUGAUUGACACGUCUGGCUUUCCAGAUCUUAGUGACAACAGAAAUGAAGAUCCAUUGGUUUUAUUAGCAUGGAAGUGCACAAAGCUCUCUCUUCUAGCAAUUCAUGGUUACACAGUGUGGGCACACAACCUCAUUGCCAUUGCUCGUCUUCGUGGCUCUGACCUGAAAGUGCUUGAAGUCACUGAAGAAAGCAUUGAUUUUGACCAAGGUGAACUGGCGGACCAGGAUGUGGACCCAGUGCAUAACCUUAUUGAGCAGGUGUCCCUUGGCCUGGGUCAGCCUUGGCACGCGAUCAUGGACAUCGAGUCACUCAGUGUCUUCACUGAGCCAAAUCGUCAUUUUUACAGAGAGAUGCAAACCUUCAGUGAAGACAUUUAGCUUUUUUUUUAAAUGUACAAUUCCUGUGGUUACAUAUGCAAAUAGGGUCCCAUUAUUUUUUUUUCAGUAGUGUGAAUUAAUCCCCUUGUGCUGUGUUUAAUCAGUAUUAGCUUUAUAGAAUUAUAUAUGUAUAUUCUACUUCUUGAUCAAAGAACGUAGUCGGGUAUUGGUUUAGAAGUUUAAAGUGACAUUGUAUAGGGCUUUCACGGUUAAUGGAAUCCUUACCAGACCUUGAGGACAUACAACAGAAGAUUGUCUGAGGUUGCUGGCUAACUUUUUCACUGAGUUACUCUGCCUUUUUGAUAUUUUUAUUCUUUGUGUGUCAGAGCUCAGGAGCCAAAAUAUUUUUAUACGUAUGUAUAUAUAUAUAUAUCCAUAGCCUGGUGGAUUUGUAUGCAAUGCACUGCAUCUAUGUAUUCCAGCAGCAUUUCAUUAAUUUUGAUUUGAAAUGGAAGAGGGAAAGAUACUAUGGUUCCAAAUGGUAAUCUUUACCGGAAAGCCAAUUAACUUGCAUUACCAAUAUAAUAGUUGAUAUCACCAAUUACCAUGGUGAAUUUCAUAUAGUACUAGGAUAGAACAUUGUUUAAUCUGUUUUUUAAAUGCAUUUACAUAAAUAUGAAUACUCAAAUUGUUGGAUUUUUUUUUAACUAUAUAUCUGACAUAAUUUUAUUCAUCAAUUACAUUAUACAUUAAGUUAGCUUUCCAGCCCAGAUUUCAAAUAGUGGAGGAAGAAAGAAGCUAUUCCAGGGUAAAACCUCCUGAACAAAAUCAAAGUAGAGUUGCAAACACACACGCUUAUUAACAUUAGUCGUGAAAUCCCUUGCAACAAGUCACUGGAUUUUUCUCUGUCAGCACGCGUGUCAGCUGCCAAAGAAUAGACUUAAAUGAAGUGCCCACAUGCUGGCAGGGGCCGGCCCACUCUGGCCAGCCAGAUACUGCUAGAUUGUAAUAUUUAAGGUCGAAUUUCGACCUGUGGUACACAGCUGUGCUGUGGCUCAGUCAGCAACCUCAACUCUGAAAAAA